UCCCCCUCUCUCCUCGGCGCACACAGAUCCCCACUGUUCCACCUUACGCACGCACCUCGCCGCAGCCAUGGCGGACGCCGGCGACGACCUGGACCUCCUCCUGUCCCUGGACGAGGACGGCGACCAGGCCGUCCUCGAGACCCCUCCGUCCUCCCCCUCGCGCCCCGCCGCCGCCUCCGCCGGCUACGGCGCCUUCACGCCCCCGAGGGCCGUGGCGCGCCCGGGAGGCACCGACAUGUCCGUCUUCCGCGACGCCGUCAAGGACUACAUCGAGGCCGUCCCGGCCUCCACCUCCGGCUCGGGCCCCAGCCGCCCCAAGCUCCCCAAAUCCAACCAAACCCUCGUCGACACCUACUCCGGCCUCCGCAUCAAGCACAUGGCCGUUUCCCCGCUCGAGAUCUCCAACCGCUUCGCCGACAUCCGAUUCGUCCGCAUCUCCGCCUUCAAGAGCCUGGCCGGCGGGGACUUCUUCUCGGGCUGCUGGGCGACCGCCGGCGUGGUGCUGGACAUGGGCACGAAGCGGGUGAGCGCGCAGGGGAAGGACUACAGCAUCUGGAAGAUGGGCGCGCUGGACGACUCCGAGGUGUCGGUGUUCCUCUUCGGGGACGCCCACACCCACUACUCCGGCGGCCACGUCGGCGACGUCUUCGCGCUGUUCAACGGCAAUGUUCGCAUGGACAAGGGGGGGCAAGGGUUCUCGGUGAGCGUUGGCUCAGUGGGGCAGAUGAUGAAGAUGGGCAUCUCGGCGGAUUUCAGCAUCUGCAAAGGGACGAGGAAAGAUGGGAUGGCCUGCACCAUGGCCACAAACAGGCGUAAGGGACCAUACUGCAAAUAUCAUUCAUCGAACACAUCAUCGCAGAAGUACUCUACUGGCAGAGUGGAGCUUAAGGGUGGAAACUUCCAGUUUGCUUCCAAACUUCGUUCCAAUGGGAUUUAUAUGGUCAAGCCUCCCUCAGAACGAUCCGAUCCGAGGAAUCCAUCACGACCACUGAAAGUAAUGUCAGUUGAUGGGUUAAAAAGGGCUUUAAGUAAUGCGGAUAAAGUGACCACCAAGAACAACUCUCAGGGUAUAAGGUUCCUCUCCCAUGUCACAGGCAGUACGGAACCGAAUCUCGUGAGCACCGGUACUUCGACGGUUGUACAGAAGCCAAUGUCGACCUGGAGUAGCCUGUCGAAAAAGCUGAGCUCAGGCACAAGGCCGGCGUCUUCUGGCGCAAAGGUAGGAGCGCCCAAACCGGGCUCGCAGAAGCAGGAGCAAGAGGCCAAGAGGAGAAAGGCGAACAACCCUUCGGGGAACACGAUCGAGCUGGACCUUGGCAGCUCGGACGACGACGAGAUCAACAUAGUGCUGCGACGCUGAUGGCCUAACUUGGCUAGCUCCAUGGCCAAGCGGCUUGCUGCUUUCUUUUCAGGGGAAAGAGGCUCUAAAUGUACACCAGAAGGAGCACACAAGGAAGGCCUACAGGACUGCGGCCGCCCUUCCACAGCAACAGCAUAGGGAGUAGUCGAGGCUGAGGCACCUAUAUAUGUAUACUUGAUUCCCUGUUUAAGGUUUGGGAAUUCUGAAACACCAGGGCGAAAGUUAUGUGUUGCCUGUAUUUCGAUGUUGAACAAGAUGGCAUUAGUUCAGAUCCGGCGCUUUGUGUGACGAUGAGACCGAACGCUGAGAUAAGCUGUAGCCUCGGCCUCAGCAAUUCAGCAUGUAAAAGGCAGUAUAGUUGCAAAUUUACUGCUAGAAUCAAAAUGCACCCACACAACAACAAAGAAGUAUGCCCAGUGUA